AUGAGUUUUGAGGAUCAUUCUAAAAAGCCGCGUUAUGAUGCUAGUGGUAACAAAAUUAAUGACUAUAUCCCAUACUACAUUUCCAAGAAGCCAUGGUACUAUGAAUCAGAGGCACUGAAGAAUAAUUCGAAUAUACGCAAGAGAAAUGCAGAAGAAGAGCGGAUAGCUAUGACAACAGAAGAGAGAUUCAAACAUCAGAGAAAAGAUAUGGAAGCAGAUCUUGCGCCUAAUGAUGAACCUCGAAAAGGUGAAGGUAUUAAGGAAGAGUUUGAAAAGGUGGAAGUUAAGAGAUCAAUACGUUCUGUAAGACAGAAAUCGGUUUGUGGGAAUUGUGGGAGUAGUAAUCACGCUACAAAGGAUUGUCUUGAUAGACCUAGAAGAGUGAAGUAUAGAUAUCGAACGCACUCAAAGUCCGAAGAUACCUCCAACAGGCACGAUGGAUAUCUAGUUAGAAAAGAAACUAAUAAUUAUGAUGAAAAGAGAGACCGAUGGCAUGGGUUUGAUGUUGAUAGCGAAUAUGAUGAGCAAGUGAAGAAAAUGAAGCAAAAGGAGAAAAAUAUGAGGAAUAAGAUGACAACAGAUGUCGAUUUGGAAGAGCUCGAUAAUGAUGAGCUUGAAGAAAUGAAAGAGUUGGGAUUAAUAGACGAUAUCAAGAAGGCGAAGAAAGAUGCUACUCUGAAAGCAGUGAUAGAAAAUAAUCCAUUAGCUGCCGAGAAAAAUACCAGAGCUUCUGUGAGAUCGCUGGACGAGAAACCCCGAUACUUGGAAGUGAUUGAUAGUGGGGAAGAGUUAAGGUUCAAUCCCAAAUCAAGAGUUUAUAAGGACUUGAAAGAAGGAUAUCUCAAUUCAAGAGGACAGUUCAUACCGUAUUUGAAUGGUGAAGCUGCCGAUUUUGAGAAAAUGAAGCAGUUCACUCAUGGAAUUCAACAGCAAAGAAAAGAAAAGUGGGAAAAUGGAGAGAAAGACGUCACAUCAAUGGCAGAUUUGACCUAUACGGAAGAAGCGUCACCUACCGCUGUUAUGUUAGCUACAAAGAAAAAAAAAUUGGAACUCGAUGAGGUCAGAGAGGCCAAACGAAGGCAGUUGCUUGCUAAAUAUGGGGCAUUGGGUAUUGAAAAAAAGGAUUGA